UUUACGGGUCUGCAAUGGCGAAUGUGACCUUGUACGUGCAACAAUAUUACACAUAGAACACACAGAAAGAAAGAAGCUCCGCCUCGGCUGAAAUCCACGAGGGACCAGCACGAUCUCCCACUUUUCGUGUCCAUCGCCACUUGCCACUUCUUUCUCUAUUUCUCCACAGGCGAGCUAUUGAUCCAAUAGUUUUCGGAAAGUUCAACGAGCUCUCGACUUCCAAUUUCGUUGACAAAUCGAUUUGAUUGAUUCGGAGAUGGCUUCAGCAAUGCUUUCUACUGCUUCUGCUGCUCCCUCUGCUUCCAUAUCUAUGAAUAACGCUCUCAAGGCGAAGGUGAAGCUUGGAAUUGGCAGUCUGAACUCCUGCUUUCCCAACACGAAGUCUUUUGGACGGAUAUCUAUGACCGUUGCAGUCAAUGUUUCUCGUUUUGAGGGCAUUACAAUGGCUCCUCCUGAUCCAAUUCUUGGAGUUUCGGAAGCUUUUAAGGCAGACAAUGAUGAAACAAAGCUCAACCUUGGAGUUGGGGCCUACCGGACUGAAGAACUUCAGCCAUAUGUGCUCAAUGUUGUGAAGAAGGCUGAGAAGCUUAUGCUGGAGAAGGGAGAGAACAAAGAGUAUCUCCCAAUUGAAGGUCUAGCAGCAUUUAAUAAGGUUACAGCAGAAUUAUUAUUUGGAGCUGACGGCCCUGUGAUUAAGCAACAAAAAGUUGCAACAGUUCAGGGUCUUUCAGGAACUGGUUCCCUUCGGCUGGCUGCAGCUCUUAUUGAGCGGUAUUUUCCUGGAGCAAAAGUUCUAAUAUCAUCUCCAUCAUGGGGUAACCAUAAGAAUAUCUUUAAUGAUGCUAGAGUUCCAUGGUCUGAAUACCGAUAUUAUGAUCCAAAAACAGUUGGUUUGGAUUUUGAAGGAAUGAUUGCAGACAUAAAGGCAGCACCUGAAGGAUCUUUUAUCCUACUUCAUGGCUGUGCCCAUAACCCUACCGGAAUUGAUCCAACACCUGAACACUGGGAAAAAAUUGCCGAUGUCAUUCAAGAGAAGAAUCAUAUUCCAUUUUUUGAUGUUGCAUACCAGGGAUUUGCUAGUGGAAGCCUUGAUGCCGAUGCAGCAUCUGUGAGGUUAUUUGCUGAACGUGGUAUGGAGCUUCUGGUUGCUCAGUCAUACAGCAAAAAUCUGGGCCUUUAUGCUGAAAGAAUUGGAGCAAUCAAUGUUGUAUGCUCUUCAGCAGAUACUGCGGCCAGGGUUAAAAGCCAACUGAAAAGGCUUGCUCGUCCAAUGUACUCAAAUCCUCCUAUCCAUGGGGCCAGAAUUGUUGCCAAUGUUGUCGGAGAUCCUACUCUCUUCAAUGAAUGGAAGGCGGAGAUGGAAAUGAUGGCUGGAAGGAUAAAGAACGUGAGACAGAAGCUAUAUGAUAGCCUCACUGCAAAGGAUAAUAGUGGAAAGGAUUGGUCUUUUAUACUUGAGCAGAUUGGCAUGUUCUCAUUUACAGGGUUGAGCAAAUCUCAGAGCGAUAACAUGACAAACAAGUGGCAUGUCUACAUGACCAAGGAUGGAAGGAUUUCAUUGGCUGGAUUGUCUUUGGCCAAGUGUGAAUACCUUGCAGAUGCCAUCAUUGAUUCAUAUCACAACGUUAGUUGAAUGUUUCGGGUUGUCAGGUGAGUUGUUUAUGAAAAAAUUGUUAAGAGGAAGUUCUGUUGACGGCUGCUGAAUAUAAUUUUAGCAAAACUUGUGAUUAUGUACGUCUUCUGACUGACAAUAAUCCCUGCCUGUAGUGGAGAGUUUUGAUUGAUUUGAGGCAACUUCAUAGACGAAGUUUUCUUUCUUGAAUAAAUGCGGCCACGCUUUUUAGUUUUGUCUUUCAUAGUAUUUUGUUGCGUGGAAAUUGUACACGCCCUGACUUCUGUCUUGGCUUGGAUUGUACUGUACACCUAGACUGGGCUAUAAAGCCCAUAUUCUUGACUCCAUUGGUCUGCUCUCGGCUAUAGAGCCCAUAUUGAGGGA